AUUACCCCCACCCUAAACAAAUCCCAGUCUCAUUGCUAGUCGCAUUCGACGCGAUUGAGCAUUCGCAUCCCAACGGACGGUAGCUUCUCGGAGCGGCUCUCUGCAUACACCUGGCCACUUUCUUGACGCUGACAGGGAGAUCGCCGCGAGGAUCCCGCGAAUAGCAUCAAUCGUCUUCCGCCAGAGGACAGACGUCGCAAGGGCAGGCUUUGUUACCAAUUACUGGUGGCAUUACUCCUUGCGUCACUCGAGCUCUCCUUCACCAAGCUCCCUAGCCCGGGCAGCUACAGUCGGGAUUCCGAGUCUUAUCCACACUUCCCGCGACCCGACUCCCCACACAACAUCGAUACGCGCUCAGUCCUAACGUGGACACGUUGCGCUCCUCAUCACCGGAGGCGAAUACAUAAUAACCACCACAACUUGAGGAGUUCCUUCUCAACACUACACAACCAUGGAGACUUGGGCAAGCUGGGCUCUAUUCCUGGCCAUUGUAGGCGCGGGCUACGUGUACUAUAGCCAGAGCCAGAGUGCCGUCACCAGGGGCCGCUCCACCGCGACACGCCCUACCACAGCCUCGGACACGGCGCAGUGGCUCGAGAACGAGGUGAAGACCAAGGCAGCAAAGGCUACCAAAGCCGCCAAGGCCAAGGCACCACGCAAGUCGGUCAAGUCGACUGUUCAGGAGGCCGGAAAUAAGGUCGAGUCUUACCUGUCCAACGCCUCUUCUACCGCCGGCGCAGAUGCGGACGACGACUCCUCGCCCGUCGCCUCGCCAGUUGGCAACGCCUCCACCAAGGCCCCAAGUGGUCGCGAUGUUUCCGAUAUGCUCGGCUCCCAGGCCGCAGCCCCGUCUGUUCUCAGCAUCAAGCCCGGCGAGAAGCCAGCUCGCGCUGCUAAGCCGAAGGCCGCGAAGGCAGAGGCCCCACAAGAGUCCAAGAAGGCUCGUCAGAACAGGAAGAAGGUAGAGGAGGCCAAGGCCGCUCGUGCGGAAGAGGAGAAAGAGCGUAAGGCUCUCCUAGAGAAGCAGCUUCGUACCGCGCGUGAGGCCCGCGGCGAGCCUGCAAAGAACGGCCUCAAAGCUGCCAAUGCCCCUGAUUCGAACGCAUGGACUACUGUCGGUGCAGGCAGAGGCGCCGUUCAGCCUCCGGCUUCAGCUCCUACCGGACAACUCCUCGAUACCUUCGACGCUGCUUCGACCGCGAGCUCUAGCGAGGCCCCUACUAACGGCACCGCCGCAACUCCAGACUCCAUGUCCAACAGCGGCUACAACAACAGCGCUCUCUCUGAGGAGGAGCAAGUCAAGAUUGCCAUGGAUGACACAACGGCUUGGGAGACCGUUCCUAAGGGCAAGAAGCAGAAGAAGAAGUCUGCUGUCGAGGAAGAGGGCUCUGUGGCUCCGCAGGUCGCUCAGCCUGUCAAGCCUGUCCACAUCGACAAGUUCGUCCGUCCUACCGUCUCGGAGAACAAGAAGCCCAGCUCCCGCUACCAGAUUCUCCAGGAGGAGUUUGUGGCUGGCCCUGACAACGCUGACGACUGGCCUGUUGUAUAAGCAGCUCGUAGUUUGCUCAAAGGGGCACUCACGAUAUUUCAUCAUGGGGAUGUACUUUUAUGCAUGUGGGAUAAAGGCAGAAUGUAACAGCAUGAGCAC